ACUGUUUUUGUUCUUUUCAGUUCCUCUCUCGUGUGGUCAAGUGAUUUCCAGUGAUGUUUCGAAAAACGGCUCCUUUACCAGUCCUAAUUACCCGGAACCGUACCCGGCAGACAUCCUCUGCGUCUAUUCUUUCAUGGGCAAAGGAAAGGAGAGAGUGCAGAUUCAGUUCGUGGAUUUUGAUCUUCACCUACCACACGAGCCACCCAGAGACUGUGACGGUGUUGAUGUAGUGAUGGUAUUUAUAACAAUCAACGGACAAAAAGAAAGAGUGGAUAACUUUUGUGGUAACAAAUCGCCCCCACAAUUAAUGUCCAAUGGGCCAUCAAUGAUGGUCGAAUUUAAAUCAAGGCAUUCUUCAAACGACGUCAAAGGAUUCAAAGCCAUAUUCAGAUUUGUUACAGAUUUUGGAGUAUCUUCAGGUGCUCAAGAUCAUGCGUCAGUCUGUGGAUUCAUAUUCGACAGCAACGUUAGAAGUAAUGGCACAUUUGUGUCACCCAACUACCCAGGUUAUUAUCCCAGAGACACGGAAUGUCACUAUUUUUUUCAAGGAAAAUCUAAGGAAAGAGUACACAUUACUUUCAACAAGUUCAAUGUAGACGGAAUCCCACCUUGCUCACAAGACACAGCCAGUGACUAUGUAGAAUUGUCAAACUACAGAACGGUAGACAGAAAAAUACCGAGACAUUGUGGCGUCAAGAAACCAAGUGUCAUAGAAUCUGACGCUGAUUUCUUCAGGGUCACUUUUAAGUCCAAUAGUAAGUUUGACGGAACAGGAUUCGAAGCCACCUAUCAAUUCAAGCCAUAUAUAGAUCCAGCUACAGUUAAACGUAUUUCAAAUGGAAACACAAACAGUACGAAUAGUGGUAAAGAGGUAGAGGUGAACUCUUUCCUGCUAUUUUUGGUGCCAAACAUCGUUUAUCUCUUCUUUUACGUCUAAAGAAUUCCAGAUGUUUUUUAUUCUGAAAUAUUCUGGAAAUGUAUUUGUUGUCGACAAAAAAGUGAUCUUUCAAUGCCACGUUAAUGCUGGCGGAUCUCUUAAAAAAGGAAGACUUGUCAAAAAACAUAAAUUUAAAAUUGAACUAUUUCCCUUGUAUGUUACUUGACUCAGUUUUUAAAAAGCAUUUGGCACCGAGAAAAGUUUGGUGCUGCCAUCUAUUGUGGAAAUCUACAGACUUAUUUGUUGUUAAGCCUAAUGUUCUAUUCGAAAUAUAUUUUCUUUUAUAUAACUUCACGCAAAACAAUAAUGGAAAACUCGUUAACUAAAAUGAGAUUGCGAACUAAAAAUAAAACUUUCCACUUCGUAAAGAGAAAUAAAAAUCCACCUGAAAACGCAUAUUGCAUAUUUGAAAAGAUUUCUAAAGAACUGAGAAAGCAAGAAGAAUGUAAUUUUCAAGUAUUGAAAAUUUCAAAGAAUGAUUGUUAAUAACAAAAUUAAUGAGAAAAAGCGUCGUUCACUGUAAAUAGUCUUUUCAACUGGCAUUUUACGAACAUAACUUGGAAAAAAAAACUAUAUUUUUUAAAGAAGUUAAUCUUCGUAAUAUAUAAUGGUGUUGAAAAUAGUUUAGAUUUCGUUCUAUUUUGUUCAUCUGUACUUUCUUGUUGAUCUACGUAGAUGUGUUCUAGAAUAUUUCUGUAUAAACUAAUCAGCUAGUUGUUUUGAAAUUAGACUAAUUUGCAAAACGAUUUUGUUUUUAUUCCUACUGUUUUAUAUUACGUCGAAUUUAUCAAUCGCUUUAAAUUUAAAUUAUUAAUUUUUUUAAUAUAUUAUCUAUUUAAAUUAUUUAAUAUUCUGUUAAAUUUCACUGCAUAUAUAUCAACUCAUACGCUAAUAUUGUGACACUGCAUAUUUUUCGUUCACAUUUUGCUUUAUUGAAUAAAAAAAAAAUUAUAAAAUAUCUAAUGGUGAUGUAAAAAACUACAAACGGCGUGAAACUAUUUAAAUUUAAAAAUACCACCGUCACAGUGUUGUUUUAGUUUAAAUCUCGUAAAAAUAUUCAGUGGAUUUUUAAAAAUGGACGAAUGACUUUGAAAUCAAGAAAAGAGCUGCACCAGUAAUGCAUCGCGAGCCCGUUCGAAAAAAAUAUCCCAGAUAGCACAAUAUUGUAGGACAUUCUACUGUUUCGCGUACUAUAUUGCGAAUGUUGGUGAAUGUCGUAAAAACAUCAAUACAAUAUCGCAUACAUAUUUGUGCUUCUAAGGAUAAAUUGAAAUUAUAACGUGAAACUUGAUGUAGAAUAGUGGAAAAAAGAAUUUACAACGAGCUGUUUGGAAAACUAAUUAAGACUGAUUGAGGAAUGCUAAUUGAACACGCUGAAAACAAGAAUAGCAAAUCCCAGUUGCAUAAUAUUGUACUUUCUUUUGUACGCGUGAGAUAUAGCGAUGCGGUGAAUGUCGCGAAGAUAUCAUUUCAAUAUCAAAUACAUAUUUGUGCUUCUAGGGAUAAGCUCAUAUUAUAAUGUGAAACUUUUGGUGGGAUGAAGAAAAUACUAAGUGCUGAUUGGACAGCUAUUUGGGUUGAAAGAUUUGAUUGGUAAAUGAUAAAUUGGACACGAUUUAAACAAGAAUGGAAUAUUUGGAGAAAAAAUCCUGUCCUAAAGUUCGUGUCUUACAAGAUUGAAAUGGGUACUGUUGAAUAUAAAGGAAAUUUUGUUACAAAGGGUGAUGUAGAUAAAAGUUGUAUAUUAGAAAAAAUAUUUUUAUUUUACUCUGUAAUUAUCUUUUAAACUAUAAGUAAUUUAAAUUGUCUGCCAUUUCGAAAAAGUUCAUAUGAUUGUAUUUUCCUUUAUUUGUUUCUUUAUUUUAAAACAUAUAUGUUGUGUUUGGCGACACUUAUUUAUUCAUACAAAAUAUGUAAAACAUGUAUUAUUUCGAAUUUUGUUAAUUUUGAUUCUUCAUUUAUAUGAUUGAAGAAAAAUCUUUACGCGUUGUUUUAGAAAAGUGACUGUGUAUGAUAACAUAUUUCAAAUUUUAUAAAUAUUGUUCAUCCAUGUAAGAAAAAUUUGUAAGUGAAUUAUAUAUAAAAUAUAAUAAAAGUCUAAGA